CCCAACUAGGGUUCUCUCCAGUCUCCACCCUUCCAGGGGUCCUUCGAAGCAUUCAUACUCCUCCCUCGCCGUCACGCCGAUUUCUUCGUCGCGGCGAUCACCGGAACCCUAGAACCGGUGCCUCUAGGCUCUAGCGAUACUCGGAACCCUAGUUCGGGGCAGUUCUACCCACUUCGCCGGAUUAUUCGGUGAUUGAGAUGGCUACGCCACUUAUAGCAGGACUUGCAGUUGCAGCAACUGCUCUUGCUGGUAGAUAUGGCAUCCAAGCUUGGCAAGCUUAUAAGGCAAGGCCUAUUGUUCCUAGAAUGCGGAAAUUCUAUGAAGGUGGCUUUCAACCUAUGAUGAACCGACGGGAAGCUGCAUUAAUCCUUGGUGUCAGGGAAACUGCCAAUGCAGAGAAGGUAAAAGAGGCGCACAAGAGGGUCAUGGUCGCUAACCAUCCAGAUGCUGGUGGAAGUCAUUACCUUGCUUCAAAGAUUAACGAGGCGAAGGAUGUGUUGUCAGGGAAAACAAAAGGAGGUGGAUCGGCCUUUUAAUUGGAGAUUGAAGAAUGUAUUCUCCACUAGAAGGAAAAUUUGUAUCUCCAGAUUUAGCAUUAGAAGAUAGACAGCAAUCCUGGUGUUACGAAAAUUUUUGGACAAAGAAUAUUGGAUCUUCUGUGAAGUAGUUAUUCAGUGCUUAAUAACACUCUCAACUGUGCCUGCUUCUACAAAAUAACUGAUAUACAUGAUGGAGGUUACAUGAA